AUGGCCUCAGAAGUUGCUGAAUUCCUUAAGAAAAACUUCUUGGAGAGUGUCAAAUCAGAGAAAGAGUUUCCAAUCAUAACCAAACUUUUGAAUGACAUAAAAAAUGAAUUCAUGGAAAAUGAGGAAUAUUGGUCACCACCCCCUCACAAUUCCCUAGUUUGGUUUUACCAACUUGACAACGCACUUGCUGAAUUCCAAGUUUUCAGUAAGCAAGAAACAUACAAUAAACCAAGUCCCAAGAGAACCACCUUCUCUGGUCUUGAACAAAUAGUGAAGAAGAUUCACAAGUGCCUUGACUCAGAAAAAGAGUUUAAGGCCAUUGGGAUACAUGGGAUGUGUGGCAUUGGAAAGACCACACUUGUGAAAAAGAUUGUGCAUGAUGAACCAGUUCAAGCCAAGUACAUGAAGCCAAUUAUAUGGGUGCAUUUAUCAGACUUGAGACCAGAGGAAAUGGAUAUAAGGAUUGUUAAGGAAAUAUUGCUAUGUUUGAAUGAUGAUCCUGAUCUGUUCACCGAGGAACUCGAAGACGAUGCGCUUGUCCAAAGACUUCGUGACAGGCUCAAGGGUAAGAGGUAUUUGAUUGUAUUGGAUGGUGUAUGGCACUGUAAUGAAUGGUUUAGUAACUUGCAUGUUGAUGAAAAGAUUGAGAGGACUAACAAGUGUUCCUUUUCAAUGGCUUUGCCUAAGGAUAGUGGUGGUGCUGUUAUUGUUACUAGUAGAGUGAAGGAGUUGGCUAAAAAAUUGGUGGGUGAGAAGUGUUUGUUUUUUGUCAAGCCUUGGAGUGAUGAGAAUAUCAAACAGGUUGUGAAGAAAUGUUUGGAAAGAAAAGGAUUAUCUGGUGAGAUCAUCAAUGAUAAAGAGAGGUUGAUAAAUGAAGCUGUUAAUCAUUGUCAUGGUGUUCCUUCAGUUGCUGAAACUCUCUCAAGUUGGAUUGCUGAACAGAUCUGAGAAGUCUAGUUUUGAUUGAUUAUUCCAAUAGAUGUAUCUGGUUUAUUCCAUCCUAACUAUGAUACUACUGUAUGAUAUUUUCUUUUUACGGCCAAAAUAAUAUUGCUGUAUCAACUAUUUAUAAUAUAUAAUUUCUGAAGUGCGGCGCU